UAAGUUUCAUUUUAAACUGUGGCUUUUUAAUUUAUUGAAUGCAAUAAGUUACUAAGUAAGCAUGAAAUAAGGUGCCUUCUUUUUUUACUAAAAAUUGUUAAUUUUAACGGCAAAUAAAAAUGGAUGUCAGUACAUUAUUUAAAGCAAGUGUAAAAACUAUUAGUCUUCGUAAUAAAGCUUUAGGAAUUAUUGAUAAUACACAAAACAUAAAAAAGGCAAAAAAUAAAAGUGCCUUUUUUAUAAAAGUUCAAGGUGUUGUUGCACAAAUUUCAAAAUUACGCGAAUUUUUGUUAGAAAAUCGAAAAGCAUAUUUAAAUUUUUCUAACUACAUGUCAAAUAUACCAAGUAUGACAGAUGCUGAUCGUGAUAAAAUUGACAUUGGUGCACAAAAAAUAAUGACUACUUGUUCCCAGUUAAUCAAGGAAUUAAAGAGAGAAAUAGCAAAUUCUGAAGUUUCUCCACAAAAUUUGGAACAUAGAGAAAUCAUGUUAUUGUUAAUUGAAGAUUAUCUGAAGAAUGUUUGCAAAAUUUAUUCAGAACAAAAAGCAAUACGAGUAAAAAGAGCAAUGGAAAUAAGAAAAAUUGCUAAAUUGGAAUUGGAGAAAAAACCAAUUAAAGAGUUAGAGCAUAAAAUAAAAUCCAAUUCAAAUAUAAAUGAAAAAACUGAAGACAAAGAAAAUAAAAUUAAUUCUGAUGACUCAAGCCCUAUGAAAAUACAAGAAAUAAAUGGGGAUGUAAAUACAUUAAUAUAUGAAGAAGAAAUAUCACCUGAAGAUAUACAAGUAUUUGAAGCAGAAAAUGAACAAUUAUAUAAUGAACUUAAUACAUUAACAGAAGAAGUGAGACAUAUAGAAAGUAAAGUUGUUCACAUAGCUGAACUUCAAGAGAUAUUCACAGAAAAAGUAUUAGAUCAAGAUAAAGAUUUAGAUCGUUUAAUGACAACAGUUGUUGGAUCAACAGAAAAUAUGAAAGAAGCUAAUGAGCAAAUUAGACAAGCAAUUCAGAGAAAUGCAGGACUCAGAGUGUGGAUUCUUUUUUUUCUUUUAGUUAUGUCUUUUUCUCUAUUGUUUCUCGAUUGGUAUAAUCCAUAAAAUAAAGAGGUAUAUUAUUUUAUUAUAUUUUCUUUGUACAAACAUCUGAAGAAUGUUGUAUUAUAUGUAAAAUAUUGAUAUAACACUUGUACACUCUGUUAUUCUGUAAAUGACAAUGAACAAAACAUUUGCCAAAAUAUGUCAUUGUAUUUUAUCCCCAAACAUUUUACAUAACAGCUACAUCUUAUAUAAUAAAAUUUAUAGUAUAUGUAUAUAUUCAUUUAUAUAUACAUAUUUGCACAUGUGCAAUAGCCAUGUACAAUUUUUGUUGUCUUGUUAAUAUUUGGUUUAACAGAAAAUCAUUCUGUAAAUUAAUGAAACUGUCAUAAAUGUCUAUAAGAUACAUUCUCUUGUAUCUUUCAUUACUUAAAAAUUAUUAAUGCUAUCUUAAUAUGAAGUAUUUAGAGGCAACUCGCUUGAUAUUUCUUCUUUUUUUGAACUUAUAUCUAUCAUGAAUAAAUGAUUAAAGUUU